CACGUCUCUCCAGGUUGCCGCGGAAAUCUGCCGAGAUGAGAUGAGUGAGGCCUCGCUGAAUUAAAAGAGGGGGGGGGAGGCCUCGCGAUUUUCCCAGUCUCGCGCGAUUUUCUUUUCAAACGUAUUUCUGUCCGUGUUGAUCUUUUGUUGGACGCAGAGUUCCAGAGCUCUUUAGAGGAGGCCGACCGCCCGAGUGAGGAAAACAAGGAACUGCUGGUUGCAUCUGCAUUGCAUUUGAACUUCCCAGAGGCUACUGGGAAGAGAGCUGCUAGCUGUGAGUUCAGGGGGAGUGAAACAAAGUCCAGUGGACCAAGGACACUUCAACAAUUUCAUGCCUGAAGAGUAGCAUUGGCACCUGUGGAUUCCAUGUCUUUCCUUGUAAGUAAACCAGAACGAAUUAGGCGGUGGAUGUCUGAAAAAUUUAUUCUUGAGGGCUUAAGGGAAUUGGAACUCUUUGGAGAACAAAGAGAUUGGAGAGAAAAAGAUUUCAAGAAAACCAAUGAGGCAAGUUCAGAGUCAAUAACAACUUCCCCAAAGAGGGACAACAUGAGCAGUUAUCUGCCUGACAUCAGUUGUUAUGAGUUACUGACCAUAAUAGGAAAAGGUUUUGAGGAAUUAAUGACUGUGAAUCUGGCACAAUAUAAACCAAGUGGGGAAUUUGUCACUGUCCGGAGAGUCAACUUAGAGGCCUGCACCAAUGAGAUGGUAGCAUUUUUGCAGGGUGAGCUUCAUGUCUCAAAAUUCUUCAGCCACCCCAACUUAGUGCCAUAUAAAGCAGCCUUCAUAGCUGACAAUGAACUAUGGGUUGUUACAUCAUUCAUGGCAUAUGGUUCUGCCAAAGAUUUAAUACGUACACAUUUUAUGGAUGGUAUGAGUGAAUUAGCUAUGGCUUACAUCCUUCAAGGGGUAUUGAAAGCUCUUGAUUAUAUACACCAUAUGGGUUAUGUUCAUAGGAGUGUGAAGGCCAGUCAUAUCCUGAUAUCUGCAGAUGGAAAAGUAUAUCUUUCUGGCUUGCGCAGUAACCUCAGUAUGAUCAGCCAUGGUCAGCGUCUCAAAGUAGUUCAUGAUUUCCCCAAAUUUAGCAUUAAAGUUCUACCAUGGCUUAGUCCAGAGGUCUUGCAGCAGAACCUACAAGGCUAUGAUGCAAAAUCUGAUAUCUAUAGUGUAGGAAUAACAGCCUGUGAGCUAGCAAAUGGCCAUGUUCCAUUCAAAGAUAUGCCUGCAACACAGAUGCUUUUGGAGAAACUCAAUGGAACUGUCCCUUGUCUACUAGACACAACUACUAUUCCUCCAGAGGAGCUGACUAUGAAACCAUCACGCUCUGGGGCUAGCAGUAGUCUUGGAGAAGGCAUGGCAGCCAGCAAUGCUAGAACCUCUAAUGGUGAAGCAGCACUGCACCCUUACCACCGUACUUUCUCAUCAUAUUUUCACAACUUUGUAGAACAAUGCUUGCAAAGGAACCCAGACUUGAGGCCAAGUGCAAAUGCAUUGCUGAACCAUUCUUUUUUCAAACAGAUCAAACAUCGGGCAUCUGAAGCACUUCCUGAACUGCUAUAUCCUGUCAUGCCAAUUACCAGUUUUGAAGGGAUGCAGACACAAGAUCCUAGCCAUAUAUUUGGAUUGGCUUCCAAUAUGGAGCAGCUUGAGAUGGAUGAUUGGGAAUUCUAGGUUAUCAAUAGAAGAACAUUGUGAAAUAUUUUUACAAAGCAAUCUGCUCAAUACACUGCAGUUUCUUGCAUAGGAAGUUGUUCUAGCUGACAUUUGCAUUAAAAUAAAGCCUGGGCUUUGAGAGGAAAAAAUUAACAAUAUUGUAUUGAAUUUUGGUUGCAAGACAUAAAAUAUAUGUGCUCAAUUGUUUUUUAAUGAAACCAAAAUCUUUUAGUAGGUUUGCCAGUGGUCCCAAGGAACUGAGUGCCAUGCACUUAAAAAAAACCCAAUAAAAAUCUACUCAGAAUUGCUUACUAGCAGGAAGAAAUCCUAUUGACAUAGGGUUAGAAUAUGAAGAUAUCUUUAAUUGUAUCUAACAAGGUAAUUUGGAAUUCCUUCCUAUAAUGAAUCGUCCCAACUUGUGUAGUAAUGUUUCAUUCUUCUUCUAUAUACUUAAUCGUUGUUCAAUCAAACAUUGAGCCAAAACUUUUCUGGCAAACUAGCAUUUGCAGGUUGUAAGUAUUCAUGUCUUAAGCUGUAUUUCUUGCCAAUAAAAGAUUUCUGCAUUU